GCUGGAAUUGAUCUGCCCAUUCGCUUGCGUCAGUAUUCGAUGAGAGACGAAAUAGAAAGUAAAGCACCUCCUAUCUUUGGCAUCAGGGGGUUUAAAUCAGAAAGAGAGAGAGCGAGAGAUGCAGUAAAAAGAGGAGGACCUGGCUAAAGAGCACAUCACGCAUACUGUAAAAUGCUAUUAGCCCACUAUACAAGGAUUCUAGCAUCAAUGUAUUUACUUACAAGUGUUACAUGCGGGCAUAUUUAAAUCGGAUCUGGGAAAGUAAGCUUAAGGUCUUAGGAAACAGGUCUUAGGAAACCUUAGGUCUUAGGAAACAGGUCUUAGGAAACCCCCCAAGAGGCCCAACAUGCCGGAGCAGAGCAACGACUACCGUGUGGUGGUGUUUGGGGCCGGCGGCGUGGGCAAGAGCUCCCUGGUUCUCCGCUUCGUCAAGGGCACCUUCCGGGACACCUACAUCCCCACUGUGGAGGACACCUACCGCCAGGUGAUCAGCUGUGACAAGAGCGUGUGCACCCUCCAGAUCACCGACACCACGGGCAGCCACCAGUUUCCCGCCAUGCAGCGCCUGUCCAUCUCCAAGGGCCACGCCUUCAUCCUGGUCUACUCCGUCACCAGCCGCCAGUCCCUGGAGGAGCUCAAGCCCAUCUACCAGCAGGUGCUUGCCAUCAAGGGCACCGUGGACGCCAUCCCUGUCAUGCUGGUAGGCAACAAGAGUGACGAAACCCAGCGUGAGGUGGAGACCACGGAGGGUGAGGCGCAGGCGGCAGCAUGGAAGUGUGCCUUCAUGGAAACCUCUGCCAAGAUGAACUACAACGUCAAAGAGCUCUUCCAGGAGCUGCUUACCCUGGAAAAGAAGAGGAACAUGAGUCUGAGCAUUGAUGGCAAGCGCUCUGGCAAGCAGAAGCGUGCCGACAAGCUCAAGGGCAAGUGUAGCAUCAUGUAGGGAGGGAGAGUUGAUGCCUGACCCCUAGAAGGAAAGACUGGGGUUGGGGAGGGUGGUGGUGGUGGUGCAAAGUGUAGAUGUUCUUGAAGAGAGUCACUUCGAGGAAUGGAGGGAAGGCAGGGGUGGGACGGGGCUCGUCUGAGAGGGGUUAUUUUAUCCUGAAAGAGAUGACCCCCCCUCCCACAAAGAGGCUAUUCAAGUUCAAAGAGAAGAGAAGAUCAAGCCUUGAUGCAAUUCUACUCUAAUGGGAAAAAUGAAAGAAUAUAGAGCCCUGACAAUUGAUAUCCUCUCAAGUUCAGGGCAUUAUUACAAACUCAGAGCCCAUUUCAAUAUUAUUCACCCCAUGUUCGCCCUCUUCUCUUAUAGCUGUCUCUCUCCUGCUAAUAUGAGACACACUGCAAACAAUAAUGGAAUUGUUAAGACGUCCCCAGGACAUCACAAAAUGGUCGCCUAAAGUCGUCAGGAUGUUGUGUCAUGGUCCCCUGGAGGUUUUGUCUAGUUCCCGGUUUGUUCCGAGGAUGUUUUUAGGACGUUCUUGGGACGUUGUGCCAUAGUCCCAUGGAGACAUCCAUAGAAAGAAAAGCACAUUUUUUGUCCAUUAAAAUAACAUCAAAUUGAUCAGAAAUACAGUGUAGACAUUGUUAAUGUUGUAAAUGACUAUUGUAGCUGGAAACGGCAGAUUUUUUUAUGGAAUAUCUACAGCUUCAAGUCCU